GUCUCUUCAUACUAACUCACACAUUCAUCUUUCAAGAUAAUGGCAGUACAAAGGACAUCAGCAUCCCGAACUCAGCCUAAUGAAUCAAAACAAACUCCAAAUCUUGAAAACAAAAGAACAUUUUCCUUCCAAAUUUUAUGUCGAUUUAGCAUCCCAUCUAUCCUUGAAUCAGCAACAUCGCGAAUCAUAGAAGACUUGCGUAAAUUUUGGCUAUACUAUGCUGAAUUCAUGUGGAUAGUCCUUUUCAUCUUGCUUAUUUCUGAACGUAAAGUUUCAUUAGUCUGUUUAGUUGCCAUGAAGGAAGUGGCAGUUUUGUACUUGCUAUUUCUUAAUUCAGUGGCCAAUUCUGUUGUGUUUCGUUGGCUUAUCGCGUUCGACACUAGGCCUAUUGUUCUGCCACUGCUAGCCAUUGGGACAUGUCUUGCUCUUGUACUCACAGGUGCUGGAAUUCAGCUUUUAAUCACUUUGACUCUAACUUUUCCAAUUGUUUUGGCUCAUGCAGUUCUGUGUGUAGCAGAGGAUUUUUCUUUGGAUGAUGAAAUUGAUCAAGAAUCUGUACCCCUUGUUCAUACUGUGUAAAAUUAGGCCAAUUUUUGUUUCAUGAUUUGUUGAAUAAAAGUCAAGGAUGUUAGUGUUAUUGUUCAACAAAAAAUGUUAGGCUUUUUUUUUUUGUUGUUGUUGGUAUAACUGUGUGUUGUAUAGUACUUCAAUGAUUUGCUUUCUAUCUAAAAAAUAAACAGUUCAAGGAUUCGAUUCAAUAAUUUUGAUUUUUGAUAUGAUAAUUUGAUAUCUAUUCUA